AUGUUGAAAUUCGUUAAUCAAUUAAAUUCUAAGGGAAAGAACAAUCUUUAUCAUUCCCAACAAACAGAUGGGACUGCAAGUACCAUGAGUCGUAUCCGUGUUGAUUUCAAGUACGAUGACUUAACAUUUUCUCGUAGCUUGACUGCUUCUCAGGAUUAUACUUGGGUCGGUAAGGUUUUGACAAGUAUGUCGGAAGUAGAAUCGUCGUUGGAUGGGCUCAACAAAAAGUACUUAACAUUGGACGGAGCAAUUUCUACAGAUAAUGUUUUCCAAGAAUUGAAAAACCUGGCCGGUUUUCAAAGCAAUAUAAUUGCAGGGCAUGCAUACAAUGUUGCUGGCUGGAGAUGGUAUGAUAAUCACGUAGCCUUGUUGGUCAAUUUGCUAAGAUUCUACAUUUUAUCCGAUCUCGACGAACGUUCUAAGCUAUCAACCGGUAAGUUUCCGGUGUAUGAUGAUGGACAUGUUAUCAUCGAUUUGAAUGACACUUUGCUACUUGAAGAUAAGGCAGUUGAUUGGACUUGGCCUGGUAGAAGGGCUGAUGAGAGUUACCCAUACUGGAAUCCAAUGACCGAAUUUUUGCCUGUCACUGAUGAUCCACAUAUCGAUUUGAGGCCACUUACCGAAGAGGAAGCCAAGGUUGUUUUGAUGAUGACCGGUGAAUGGAAGCCUCAAACAAAUUAUAAGUUAGACUUCUACACUCCUCGCUUGGCAGAAAAAAUCAUGUACAGAUACAGAAACCCUAUUUCUUCUUUGAAUGAAUGGUUAGAUGCUGAGGGAACUGCUCCAACUUACUACUUACCUAAAUCAAGAGUAAUCUGGAGUGCCUUGCGUAAGUAUGUCACUCACAACAACCUCUACAACCAAUUCUAUACUGCAACUAAUAUUGUUGCUCAAGUUAUGUUGACCGUGUAUCCUGAUACUGCCGAAGGUAUGACCUGGUUAACACAUGUACCUGAAGUUCAUUUACCUAAGUUUGGAUCUGUACGUGGUAGAUAUCCAUUCUUGAACUCGGGUGAGGCCGCAUUCAUCCAAGCGAAAGCGUUAGAAGACUGGGCUGCCUUGAUCGCCAAACCUGAAUUGUUAUUCACUUACGGCAUGAUGUUAGCAUCGACUUUAAAUAUUGGAUUAGCUGUUAGAGAUGCAAAGGCAUCGCUUUUGAUCGGAGAAGAUAAAUCGAGUUUCGAUGAUACGUUAUUCUUAACCCCAGAAACGUUUUUUGCGUCGGCCGUUUCAUUAGCAACUGGGUUGGACGCCCCAUUGAAUGGUAUGGGUGACGUAUACGUCUUUUAUCCAGAGCUUGUCAAUAUAAAUGAGACAUGGGAGGUUCCAGCUGUUAUACUUGAACCUAAUGGUUAUUUGAUCAAGGAUAAUCAUAUCUUGUCCACAGGGAUUCCUUUUGUUGGAUCGCCAUAUUUGGUUUAUCUGUUGGCCGUAUUUGACGAAGCAAAUCCCUAUUCUGGUAACUUUGUGUUGCCGGAGCCUUUAAGACGUACACGUAAGGGGGCCAUUUACAGCUUCGUCGAUGCUUGGAAAAUGGGAUGGGCAGCCAGAAUUGCAGGCUACGAUUUGUCUAUCAAUGUUUUCAGUUCUAAUGUGAAUUAUACAAAAUACUUUAGUCCUAAUAACAAUUCUUGGUCCCAUGUUUUAACAAAUGGUAUCGAUGACAAAGUUGAAGGCGUCUUGAUUAAAGAUAUGACCAGAAGAUCAAGACAUUUUGUUGAUCUUCCAAAUUUCUUUGUUCCUGGUAAUCAUCCCGUAACUGAAGUUAAAGUGAACGUCCUUGGUACAUCUGUAUUAGAUGCAGCGGGUAACAAAAAUAGGGCAGCUGGAACUGCUAAUGAAUGGGUUACUCCAUCUUCAUUGGGUCUUCAAAUUGUUUCCAAGGAAGACGUACGUAGAUUCUGGGGCCAUAUCAAACGUCAUAAAUCAGGCUUAGCUAUGGAAGGCUUAACAAUGUCUGUCAAUGUCCCUGCAAUCGAAGGCAAUCGGGGAGUAGAGGUGAUGUGA